AUGAAAACUUCAAAUCUCAGUCGUGUUUUGGAUAGUUCUGCCCGCGUCGUAUCUGGAAUCCAACCAACAGGAAUUCCUCAUGUAGGCAACUAUUUGGGAUCACUUCGACAGUGGACGAAUUUACAAAAUUCCGUCCCGUCUUCUUCCUCCUCUCAAUGUUUCUUCUUUGUCGCUGAUUUGCAUGCGUUGACCAUUCCUCAGAUUCCUCAAGACUUCUAUCAAAGACGUAUGGAUACCCUGGCAAUUCUACUGUCCAUCGGAAUCGAUCCACAAAGAUCUACCGUGUUUUUCCAAUCUGAUAUUCCCUAUCAUACCGAAUUGAAUUGGCUGAUGGGCUGCCAUACCCCAAUGGGUCAUUUAAACAGAAUGACUCAGUGGAAGUCAAAGCUUCAACUCCAUGAGAUGGAUGCUGUUACGUUUUUGAAUACAAGUAUUGCUUCUUCUAGUAAAUUCAAUUUAGGUCUCUUUUCGUACCCAGUCCUGCAGGCAGCAGACAUUCUCCUCUACGGUGCUACUCAUAUUCCAGUCGGAAAAGACCAAAGUCAACAUAUAGAACUUACGCGGAAUAUUGCACGAAAAAUCAAUUCGACCUUUAAAAAAGAUUUAUUCAUAAUUCCAGAUAUUAUUAUAAAUUCAUCAAGUUCCAUCAUGGCACUGAAACAACCUAACAAAAAAAUGUCCAAAUCCGACCAAAAUUCAAAAAAUUAUAUCCUCUUAACUGAUUCAGAACAGGACAUUAGGAAAAAGAUUACAGGCGCUGCUACUGACAACAUAGAAGGUAUUACCUAUGGAGAUCCAAACAGGCCAGCAAUCAACAAUUUAAUAAACAUGACGGCUGCUUUGUCAGAUUCAAGGCCCACUACAAUAGCCGAAAAUUUCAAACACGCAAGGCAUUCUGAAUUCAAGUCUUUCGUAGCUGAUAGUUUGGUUAAUACUCUUUCUCCUUUUGCCAAGUCGUACGAGCAAUGGAAAGCAAAACCAUCCGAACUUCAAGAUAUUGCAGCAAAUGGAGCGAAAAAAGCAAUGAAUCAAGCAUAUCCAUUUAUGAAGAACUUUAAACGUACAUUUGGUUUAGGGCUAUAA